GUCGUCCUUGUUACAGAACAAGCAGCGUUGUUCCCUUCCACUCAUCUGAAAACAAAAACAACAAACAAAAUAAAUAAAUUCAACAGCGAUAUAUCUUCAUCUCUCUCUCUCUCGCCAGAUUUUCAUCGACUCGAUUUCAGAUUUAAGAUCUCAGAUACAAAACUCCGACAUGUCUACGUUCAGCGGCGAUGAAACAGCUCCCUUCUUCGGCUUCCUCGGCGCUGCAGCCGCACUCGUUUUCUCCUAUUGCGUAUAUGAUCGUGAUAGAUAUAAAGAAUGAGUCUUUUAGGUUCGAUCUGCAAAAAUAAGGAAUUGGUGAUUUAUGGGAUAUGAUUUGCAUUUGAGCUAGUAAAAUCUGAUUGAGCAAUGCUUUUGUGUCUUAUUUGGCUGUAAAUCUGAGAUAGAGAUUCGAUUCUCUUGUGCAUUCCUCGAAUUUUGGAACCUCAUUGGGUGCUUUAUAUGAUCAUACGAAACCAUGUUGAAUCCUUGGAUUGCAUUGGAUGUUAUUAGGUAUGGGAGCUGCUUAUGGAACCGCAAAGAGUGGUGUUGGUGUGGCUUCUAUGGGAGUUAUGAGACCUGAGUUGGUGAUGAAAUCUAUUGUCCCUGUUGUUAUGGCUGGAGUGUUGGGUAUCUAUGGAUUGAUCAUUGCUGUUAUCAUCAGUACCGGGAUUAACCCCAAGGCUAAGUCUUACUACCUCUUUGAUGGAUACGCACAUCUCUCGUCUGGUCUUGCUUGUGGUCUUGCUGGUCUCUCAGCUGGAAUGGCCAUUGGGAUUGUUGGUGAUGCCGGUGUCAGGGCAAAUGCUCAGCAGCCUAAGCUCUUUGUUGGGAUGAUUCUUAUCCUUAUUUUCGCAGAAGCGCUUGCUCUUUACGGGCUUAUUGUAGGAAUCAUUCUUUCCUCACGAGCUGGCCAGUCUAGAGCUGAAUGAGAAUCUAAACCACAAGACUGCUCAAAGGUACUUCCUUUACUUCUGUGUGCGUUUUGUUUUAUCGUGAUUAGUAUGAUGUAUCAUCGGGAACCAAAAAUUUUACUGGAUUCUUGGAAAUUUGUUUCGGAAACAAAACCGCCUAUCUUCAUUCUCCUUUUCUUUUCCGGUGGUUACUCUCCGAUGUAGAAUUUUAUUGUUUGAUUCUGUAAUAAAGAAGCUCUGAGGAGUUUGGUAUGUUUUUGUAUUCUUGUAUUUGUCCUGAGGAAGUUAAAUACAUUUAUUUGUAAAGAAGUUUGCUUUUCUGAUACCAUUUCUUUUGAAAUUAUCCUGCGAUGUAUAUUGCUUUUGUGUGUCUUUUAUAUGAUUUACUAGAAAAUUCAUGUUGAACGUUUUUGUGACAAAAGUUUAAAGGAAAACAAGUUAAACUUGAG